UUCAUGUUACUGUUACUGACGCUUUGAGGUGGCAGUACGUCGACGUUUCCUCAUUUUGCAACGCUACAGCGUAUGGGUUUAUCUACAGAUUGCCUAUAUUGACGCGCAACUCAAGUUCCCCUUUUGCUGAGGCGUUUCCUGUGUCUCUGUUUUUUCUCUCCACUUUUGGUCUUUCUCUGAAGCUGCAUGACACGAAGGCCCGUUCCUGGCACGCUCUCAGCCGACCAGAAGUUCAUGGGAAGAGUCGUGAGAGGAGGAAGGGCAAGAGGACCGGAGACGGCAGAUGAUCACACAGACUCAGAAUGGAGGCCACCCGGUGCUGUGUCUGGACCUCUACCACAAGGCUCUGACGGCUUCCUCUGCCUCUCCUGCGCAGCUCCACCACACUCGCGUCUUAGAGAAGCACAGCGAGGAGCUCUGAGGAUCAGUGACCCACCCGCUGUCUGUGGGACCUGCCGUCCGGAGGAGGGUAGGACGUCUCUGGGUUCUCUGGCUCCUGAGGUUUGUGGGCUGGCCCGGGGCCGCAGCUAUGACCGUUGAGAAGAGGCUUUCUCUCCCUGCGACCUCGCCCGCUGCCUCAUCAUGCCUGGAGACAAUGCCGCCCAGACCAGCUACAUCGUCGUGGAGCUGCUGAUUGCCGGCUUCUCCGUGCUGGGCAAUGUGCUGGUCUGCUGGGCCGUGGGCCUCAACAGCAACCUCCAGAGCAUCACCAACUUCUUUGUGGUGUCGCUGGCCGUUGCGGACAUCGCUGUAGGCGUCCUGGCCAUCCCCUUUGCCAUCUUCAUCAGCUUGGGCUUCUGCUCCAACUUCUACGGCUGUCUGUUCAUGGCCUGCUUCGUGCUGGUGCUCACUCAGAGCUCCAUCUUCAGCCUGCUGGCUAUCGCCAUUGACCGUUACAUUGCCAUCACCAUGCCUCUCAGAUACAACGGCUUGGUGACGGGCCAGCGUGCCCGGGGCAUCAUCGCCAUCUGCUGGCUGCUGUCCAUCAUCAUCGGCCUCACACCCAUGCUGGGCUGGCACAGACUCAAUGACGAUGAAGCAAACCAAAACCACACCAACCACUCCGGCUCGCAAUGCCCGCCGGGCAGGAUGCGCUGCAUGUUUGAGGAUGUGGUGGUGAUGGAGUACAUGGUGUACUUCAACUUCCUGGCCUGCGUGCUCAUCCCUCUUCUGCUGAUGCUGGCUAUCUACCUGUGCAUCUUCAUGGCAGCCCGCCACCAGCUGAAGCUGAUGGAGCUGAAGGCCGCGUGUGGCGAGAAAACGGGCUCCACGCUUCAGAAGGAGGUGCAGGCCGCUAAGUCGCUGGCUAUCAUCGUGGGGCUGUUUGCCGUCUGCUGGCUGCCCUUACACAUCAUCAACUGCUUCACGCUGUUCUGCCCGGACUGCGCGAGGCCGCCGGCCUGGAUCAUGUACGUGGCCAUCCUCCUGUCUCACGGCAACUCCGUGGUCAACCCCUUCAUUUACGCCUACCGCAUCCGUGAGUUCCGCCAGACCUUCCGCAGAAUCAUCCGCCGCUACAUCCUGAGCCGCGGGGAGCGGCUGGAGGCCUGCAGCAGCAUGCGCACCUCCGCCCGCAGCAGCCUGGCCGGCUCCCUCCGCAGCGGCGUGCGUAACUCCGUCCGGCUGCAGGCCGACGGCCCGGGGGAACGGGGCAGCAGCAGUAGCUGUGAGAGCGGCUACCCCUGCCUGGGCCCCAUCACCGCGAUGGGCGCAGGGACGCCGGCCAGGUCUCACGGCCCACUGGCCACCGUCCCCCCCCACGGCCCUUCGGCGGGGCCCUACCCUCUGCAGGGGGGCCCGGCGGGGUCGUGCCCGCUGCAGGGGAGCCCGGCGAGGUCCGUGAGGAACCAACACCUCCCCAGAGACAUUCAGCUGCAAUGCCUGGAUAUCCACCGCAGGGAGGCUGAGGAGGCGAAAGACACGCAGAACGGCUACCCUGUAAAGGAGGCAUCGCUGUUGGAGAGGCCGCGGAGGUCCAUCUGCUUUGAGGAAAGAGCUAAAGCCUCCUGAUCCAGGGGGAUCAGGCAGAUCACCGCACUCGUGGUCUGUGUAUGCCAGGAGUGUGGAUGGGUCUUUCCAAGGACUUCAUUGUCGUUUGUGUAUCAUGUUGAUUCCAUUUUACCAAGAGACUCAAGAGUCUUUAAAGGUGACAUUCAGGCCUGCAGUUGGAGCCCAAACCCUUAUUUAUGAAUCAAAGUCCUGGUAUACAAAUAUGUUGCAUUUUAAAAUGUGGUACAUCAAGAAUAAUGACUGACAUUAGCUUUGUACAAAGCUUAAACAAGGUGUGAAAUGUUCCAAAGUUAGCUGCAAAAAGUGUGUUUUAUUUUUGCUCUGUGUUUGUGAUUUAAAUCUUUGCUUAUUAAUAGGACAUUUUCAUAUUUGAGCAACACAGCUAAAAUUCAUUAAAUUGUCAACCAUCUUGUUAUUCCACAAAGUGAGAAUGCACAACUUUUUCAGACCUAAUGCAGCUAUUUAACGAGCCAGUGAAGCUAAAACCUUUUUAUUUAUUUUUUACCUUAAGCGUGGUUAUAUUUGUUAUGUGAUCUUGAACAUUAUCUAUGCCAUUUUUUCACUGUUGCUAAAUUAAGAACAAGAACGGGGAGAAACAAUGGGAAACGGGUGUCACAUCCUAUGCUUCUGCCAAAUACAACGUUAAGGUUCUACUCAGAAUCAACGAUGGCACCGGUCCCUUCGUGACGCCGAGGUGCCUGAAAGUAUGAUGACCUCGAGGUUAGGAAGACGGGGUGAUGGCGGCGAUGGCGGCGAGGCGGUGGUGCGUGGAGCUUGUUGUGGAAGGCCGUUGAGUUCGAUGAGCACUUGUGAGAGAUAGUCAGGCUUCACGGACAUAGCAUUACGCUACGGUGUGUUUGUGGAUAUGUGGGACUCUCAACCCAAAACACAUUUGUCAUUGUCAUUUGUUGUGUAUCUCGUAGUGUUCAAACUCCAUCUGAAACAGCAUCUGGUUCUUUAAUUAUUUUUGUUGUAGAACGGGCCCCAAUCCAAAGUCUACAAAUAAAAUCCUUUUUUAGUACUGCAUA